UGGCCAAGAGCUCGGAGGACUCGGCCACAAGCUCGGCGGACUCUGCCCUGAACUGACCCUGGAUGUGCUCCGCUCCCUCGUCGGUCGCAUCCCAGGUCAUGGCGGUCCCGGGGUUCGCGGCCGGAGCUGGAGCGAGGUGAACAGGGCAGCUGGUGAGGGCGACCGGGUUUGCUGGGCUGUUGGGGACCUUGCAGCUCCGGGCACCCGCAGAGAAAGAGGGGCUCGCGCGGGAGCGACCACCUCCGCUGGCCUCGCCGCCUGCUGCCGCCUCCGCAGGACUUCUGCAGCCCCUGCACCCUGAGCGGGUCCUUGCUCCUACUAGCCUGUUCUUGGUACCGCAGAGAACCCUCUUUUGGCCCCGGUUAGAUCUGCGACUCGUCCAGCGGUUCCUGAGGAUACAGAAGGUUUGCUUUCCUUCUUGGUCAUCACAGAAUGUCUUGAUGUUUCUGACUCUCUUGUGUGUGACCCUCCUUGAACAACUGGUGAUCUACCAGGUUGGCCUGAUCCCCAGUCAGUAUUAUGGAGUCUUGGGAAACAAAGACCUGGCUGGAUUUAAGGCACUGACCUUCCUGGCUGUUGUUCUCAUCAUUCUCAACUCCACACUGAAGAGCUUUGACCAGUUCACCUGCAAGCUGCUGUAUGUGAGCUGGAGGAAGGACCUCACUGAGCACCUGCACCACCUGUAUUUCCGGGCCCGUGUGUACUACACCCUCAACGUGCUGCAGGAUGACAUCGAUAAUCCGGACCAGCGUAUAAGCCAGGACGUGGAGCGGUUCUGCCGGCAGCUCAGCAGCAUGGCCAGCAAACUGAUCAUCUCGCCCUUCACCCUCACCUACUACACUUAUCAGUGCUUCAAAAGCACAGGCUGGCUUGGGCCUGUAAGCAUCUUUGGGUAUUUCAUCCUGGGAACCAUGGUGAACAAAACUUUGAUGGGGCCCAUCGUGACAAAGCUGGUGCAGCAGGAGAAGCUGGAGGGAGAUUUCAGGUUCAAGCAUAUGCAGAUUCGGGUGAAUGCUGAGCCUGCUGCUUUCUACAGAGCCGGGCACGUUGAGCACAUGAGGACAGACCGCAGGCUGCAGAGACUCCUUCAUACCCAGAGGGAGCUGAUGUCCAAGGAGCUCUGGCUGUACAUUGGUAUCAACACCUUUGAUUAUCUGGGCAGCAUCCUGAGUUAUGUUGUCAUCGCAAUCCCCAUUUUCAGUGGGAUCUAUGGAGACCUGAGCCCCACAGAGCUUAGUACCCUUGUCAGCAAGAAUGCUUUCGUGUGCAUCUACCUCAUCAACUGCUUCACCCAACUCAUUGACCUCUCCACCACCUUCUCGGAUGUGGCGGGUUACACCCACAGGAUUGGAGAGCUUCAGGAAGCCCUGCUAGACAUGUCCCAGAAAUCAGAAGACUGCGAGACCCCAAGUGAGAGUGAGUGUGACUUGAACAAGGCCCCAGAGUGGCCAACAGCAGAUCCAGUGGACACAGCUUUUCUGCUUGAACGGGUUUCCAUCUCGGCCCCCUCCUCUGACAAACCCCUAGUCAAGGACCUGACCUUGAAGAUCUGUGAAGGGCAGAGCCUGCUCAUCACAGGCAACACGGGCACUGGCAAGACCUCCCUGCUGCGGGUUCUGGGAGGCCUGUGGGCGAGCACGAAGGGCUCAGUGCAGAUGCUGGCUGAUUUUGGGCCCCACGGGGUGCUGUUCCUGCCACAAAAGCCGUUCUUCACUGAUGGGACACUUCGAGAGCAGGUGAUAUACCCCCUGAAGGAGAUCUACCCUGACUCAGGUUCUACUGAUGAUGAGAGGAUCAUGAGGUUCUUGGAGUUAGCAGGCCUGUCCAGCUUGGUGGCAAGGACAGAGGGUCUGGACCAGCAAGUGGAUUGGAAUUGGUAUGAUGUCCUGUCCCCAGGGGAGAUGCAAAGGCUGUCCUUCGCCCGCCUCUUCUACCUGCAGCCAAAGUAUGCAGUGCUUGAUGAAGCCACUAGUGCCCUGACAGAGGAAGUGGAGAGUGAGCUCUACCGAAUUGGCCAGCAACUGGGGAUGACAUUCAUCAGCGUGGGACAUCGACCCAGCCUUGAGAAGUUUCACUCCUGGGUUCUGAAACUCUGUGGAGGAGGAAGGUGGGAACUGACUAGGAUCAAAAUGGAAUGAAGCCAAACAGGUGGAUGGCCACCAGGACACCAAGCUCUGGGCAGGCCUGCAGUGCCCAAGCAGAACAAGAAGGCUGAUGAGGUGGAAAGGGGCCCCAGGUUUGCCUCAGGUCCUGGGAACCUUGGCAGCAGUAGGCCCAGUCCAGGAACGGCCCUGCAGCAACACUGAAGUCUUCCCAGUGCCACUCCUGUGAUUUCUGGAUGCUGGAAGUGCUGAUUACUUACAGAUUACUUCAGAUGGUGUUUACUGAAGAAAAACUGUAAACUAUAAGAAAUGAAGAAUCAGGGUGGGAAGGCUAUUAGACUCAAGAAAGCUGGGGAAAAUUCACAGUGAUAGAUUUUUAAACUUUGACCAUUUAAAUUUUCUAACUUUUUUAAAAAAAAGUAUUUUAGCCAGGUGUGGUGGCGCAUUCCUGUAGUUCCAACACUUGGGAGGCAGAGGCAGGCAGAUCUCUGUGAGUUCAAGGCCAGCCUGGUCUACAU